CGCAUCGGGGACGAGAUGAUGUCGCGAAUCCUCAGUCUCUGCGUAGGCGUUGCCGCCUUCACCCUGCUGCUCGCGGGGGACCGCGCGGGGGCUGCUCCCAACAAACUACCUCCAACAUUCAAACUCUGUCCGAGAAAUGAUCCAAAUACAGUUCCGUGUUUGGAGGAAGCAGUUGAUGGAGCAAUAAAAGAACUUGCAUCAGGUCUGAAGGAUUUCGGCAUUCCUUCUUUGGAACCUUUACAGAUCCCUCAGUUGGGCAUUGGAGACCCAAACUCGGAUGCUCCUGUGAACUUGAAAAUCAAUUUCACUGACAUUCGCAUUUACAACAUAUCGAAUGCGAAAACAUCUAACGUCAAGUUGGACUAUGAUACCUUCAUACUGUCAGGACAUGAACGUGUGAACUUCAUCUAUGCCGAAGGCAACUACGUAAUGGAUGGUCGAAUUCUUCUCAUUCCUGCAAAGGGUGAAGGCAAAGUCUCUUUUACAUUAACCAAUUUGCAAGUCGACCUUGCCAUGAAAGGAGAAAAAUACGCUAAAAAGGAUAAAGAGUUCCUUAAAAUUACGGAAUUUCCUGUGAAUAUCUAUGAACCCGAAAAAAUUUUCUUCAAUUUCGAAAACUUGUUCAAUGGCGACAAGACACUAGGUUCUUCUAUCAAUAAUCUCGUCAACGAGAACUGGAAGGAGAUUUGGCCCCAGCUGCAGGAUCCUCUGCAACAAUUUUUAAGUUACUCAUUCCGAGAAUACGCUCGACGUAUCUUCGAUAAGGUUUCUCUAGACGACGUGUUCCUUGUCAAAGCACCCUGAGACUCCUAGUCAAUGGUAAAAAAACGAGGUUCAACAUGGUACGACGACCUGUUUUCAGUUGUGUAUUUAUUAGCUGUCUAAAUAAUUGAAUAAAAACUAGCUUAUUGAAAAA